GAUGCUGAGGACACGCGCCAGGCACAGAUAGCAUCUUCCUUCCCACGGCCAGCUGCCCCAGCCCCCUUCCCCCAUGCUGCAAUUGGUCCCCUGGGGUGGGGGGUGCAGAGAAGCGUCCUCUUGGGAAGGGGACGCCAGGCCCCCGUCCCUUCCCGUCGCCCCUCGCCUGCUUCCGCGGCAUCAAUAUCAAUUUUAGCCAGUGACCUCUGGAACAGUCUGCUGGUCAGUUGCGCCGCCAGAGGCUGGCUCAAUUUCAACCCUCAACAGUGGUGGCUCUCACCCCCUCUGCCGGUCAGUUUCACCCCUUCUCGCGGCCAAAUCCAGACCCCCAUCUCCCGGCCAAUUUCCACCUCGCCUCCUCUCCGCGCCCCCCCCUCCCCGCCCCGUCCCCCGCCUCUGCACCUCUCGCUCUCGUGAGCAAGGUCAGUCCCGUCUGUUCCCACCUCCCGCGCUCCACGCUCGCUCCUGCCAGCCGCGGUCCUCCGGGUCAGUGUCCAGCUGCCGCGGCCUCGGCCCCGCGACUCCCGCCCCGCACCCCCCCUCCCAGCGCGGGCAGCGGCUCCCCUCCCCUCCCAGAACAGCUGAAGGUCUCAGUCACCUCCGAGGGGGGCGCAGGGGGAGCGGAGGGGGCGGGGGAAGCCGCGGAGGGGGAGGCGGGGAAGCCUUGACGUCGCUGCCCGGGACGCGGCUGGGGGCCGGCAGGCGCUGGGGCGUCCGCCCGCGCGCCCCCUCCCCAAAGUCCCACCUCCCGGCCGCGGCGGGUAAAGUCUCUCCGAAAGCGUGAAGGGGGAUUGGAGGAGGUUUUAUUUCCCUUUGUGCCGGCGGCUGGGGUGGGAUCGAGGCGGCCGGGCCGGGGGCCGCGGGACCUGGGCUCCCCCCGGAGCGGAGACGAGCGCAACAAAGGAUGCGCCGCGCGGAGGUCACCGUCCCCGUGGCCCAACUUUGCGCGCGGCGCCCGCGCCCCGGGGGAGCCCGCCCGCUGCGCUGAGCACCCAGGCGUCCGGGCUGAGCCGGGGCUGGGGGCGCCCGCGGGCGGCGCUUGCCCCGACCCCAGACCCCAGAAGGGAAUCCCGGAGCUUCCCGGAGGCGGCGGGCGGCCGAGCGGCGCACGGGAACCGCGCUUCCCGCGGAAACUCCGCGCGCUUCCGCGGAUGCCCCUCGCCCUGGCCCGGCCACCCGGCGCUCGGCGUUCAGGGCCCUGCGGGGCGCCCCCUUUCCGCGCCGUCCUUGCGGAGCCGGGCUAAGGUGGACUUUUGCUCUCCUUCCUCCUCUUCCUCCUCCUCCCCCCCACCCGUCUCCUCCCCCAUCCUCCCCGGGAACUCUUCGGAGAAAGGGGGCAUGUGGGUCCCCCUCUGACGGCGGCCAGGUUUGGCGUGACACACGCACAAAUGGCCAAGUGGCUACGCGACUACCUGAGCUUUGGCGGUCGGAGGCCCCCUCCGCAGCCGCCCACCCCCGACUACACGGAGAGCGACAUCCUGAGGGCCUACCGGGAACAGAAGAAUCUGGACUUCGAGGACCCCUAUGAGGACUCGGAGAGCCGCCUGGAGUCGGACCCCGCCGGCGCCGGGGACUCGAAGGGCCUCGGAGACGCCAAGUACGACUCUCCCAAGCACCGGCUCAUCAAGGUGGAAGCUGCAGACAUGGCCAGAGCCAAGGUCUUGCUGGGCAGCCCUGGGGAAGAGUCGGAACUCGACACCGAGUACUCAGACCCCUUCGAUGCCCAGCCUCAUCCGCCACCUUCAGAUGAUGGCUACAUGGAGCCCUACGAUGCCCAGAGGGCCGUGAGCGAACUGCCGUCCAAGGGGGUGCAGCUGUAUGACACCCCCUAUGAGGAGCAGGACCGAGAGCCAGGAGAUGGGCCCCCUUCUGGAAGGAGACCUCGCCAGAGCCGGCUGCCUCAGGAGGAUGAGCGGCCAGCGGAUGAGUAUGACCAGCCCUGGGAGUGGAAGAAAGACCACAUCUCCAAGGCGUUUGCAGUGCAGUUUGACGGCCCGGAGUGGGAAAGGACCCCAGGCUCAGCCAAAGAGCUCCGGAAACCCGCAUCCAGAAGCCCCCAGCCCGCAGAGCGCGUGGACCCGGCCCUGCCCCUGGAGAAACAGCCGUGGUUCCACGGCCCACUGAGCCGGGCCGAUGCUGAGAGCCUCCUGUCGCUCUGCAAGGAAGGCAGCUACCUCGUGCGGCUCAGCGAGACCAGUCCCCAAGACUGCUCCCUGUCCCUCAGGGGCAGCCAGGGCUUCCUGCACCUGAAGUUCGCACGGACCCGAGAGAACCAGUUCGUGCUGGGUCAGCACAGCGGCCCCUUCGCCAGCGUCCCGGAGCUGGUCCUGCAUUACAGCUCCCGGCCGCUGCCCGUGCAGGGCGCUGAGCACUUGGCCCUACUGUACCCUGUGGUCGUGCAGACGCCCUGAGCCCAGGAGCUUCAGCCCCUGCCCUGCACCGCGAGGGCCCAGAGUCGCUGCUGGAGGGAAGCCGGAGGGAGACGCUCACUGCCCCUCCAAGCCCUGGGCCUUCAUCGGGGCUGCUUCUUGGCCCUCUCCCGGGUUCUAGGGUACAGAACUGCGUCUCCCAGCCCUCCUCUGGCCUGGAAAAUAAAUAAGUUAUUGUGCG